AGCCUGACCAGCGGCUGGCAGCGCACGACGCUCUUCGGAUCCCCCCGGUCCACCACGUCGCACUCGUACUGCACCAGCUCCAGCAGCUUGCACUUGGCCAGGUCGACGGGGCGCCGCUUGUUGCGCAGCCGGUUGUCGGGCGUGUACUGCGCGCGGGCCUCGAGCUCCUCGGGCGGGAAGGCUUCGACGAGAGGCGCCAUUGCGGGGUGUUGUUGUUUGUUGUUGUUAGGAGGGGAAUGAUAGGCCGCGGUUGUGAUGAGUGGCGCCGAUAUGCUGGGCAGGGCAUUGGUGGCUGAGGUCGAGGAGGCGUCGUUGGGUCAGAUUCUCCACUCGGCCAGACUGCAGCACGACCCCGCGCCCCAGCGCUUCGGCAUCCCGCCGCUGGACCGCCUGCUCAACCUCUUCGCGCAACCCGUCCAGGAACACGCUUCUUCUUCGUUUUCUCCUCCCAAACCGCCAGUCGUGGAAAUCACGUCGCUGGGCACGGGGGCAGGGAAGACGCACCUGCUGUACCUGAUCGCAGCCAUAGCGGUGCUCCCCCGCAUCUACUCGGGCAAAGCCAGCGCCGUCGUCGUCAUAGACACAGAGGGCAAUUUCCUCGUCUCGCGCCUCGCAGACAUCAUGAGGCAGCGGAUCAAGAGCGCGCGGAAAGACAUGGUCGCCAAAGGCAAAGACGAAGAAGAAGAAGAAGAAGAAGAAGAAGAAGAAGACGAGGUCCUCGCAGCCGCCCUCGCCCACGUGCACAUACUCCGCCCAGACACGCACGCCGCUCUGCUCGCCGCUCUCGCCGCCCUCCCCGCCUACCUCUUCGAUCCCUGCGCGCACUGCUCCUCCCCGCGCCCCCUCCACAGCAUCCUCCUCGACAGCGCGAGCGCCUUCUUCUGGCCUCUCCGCGCAGCAGAAGACGGCGCAAGGGCGCUCGACCCCGCGUCUUCAUCGUCCUCCUCGGCUACCGCCGCCGCCGCCUACGCCGCGCUCGUGCGCCAGCUGCGCGCGCUGCAGAAGACGCUGGAGUGCGCGGUCGUGGCGACGAGCGCGUCGCUGCCGUCGUCUGGGCCGCAAGCGCAAGCGCGCGCACUCCGCCCCCUCCUGCCGCAUACGUGGACGGGGUUUCCGACGCUGCGGCUCGCGAUGGCGCGAGAGGGCGUGCAGGGGCGCUGCGCGGUCUGGGUGGAUGAGUGGGGCGGCGAGACGUGGAGGAGCGUGGUGCGGGAGGGGGUUCGGGCGGAGGGGGGCUGGGGCGUUGUGAUUGAGGAGGGCAAGAUGAUGGGCGGGCGUGUUUGAAAGGGAAAUAUCGCUACGUCCUCCGCCAUGAUCGACUCGCGCGUCGCUGGCGAUCUCUUGCCCGUUGCACGCAGCACGCGACAUUAGAGGCUUAAUGAAACAAUUAAUGUUUAGC